AUGGAGGAGGACCCCGGUCCCCUCUCGGCACCUCAAUAUUCAGCAGUAGUUACUACCACUGCUCUGCAUGCCGACCUCACCCCGAUCCCCACCCCCGCGUCCCUCCACAUCCUCCCAUCCCCGCCGAUGCUCCUCAACAUCUCCGAGUUCCUCCCGUUCGAGGAGGCCGACGACCCGCUCCUCCUCCAGAACCUGCACAACGCGUUCGAGGCGAGCGCCAAGAGAUCCCGCGAGGUCCUGGGCAAGACAAUCUGUACCGCACGCAAUGAUCUCAACGUCCAGGUCGACGCCGCGAGCGAGGUGUACUUUGCCAACGUGGAGCGCGCGUGCGACGAGUACAAAGCCAGAGUGGUGGCCGCGCUUUCGAGCCACAAGGCGCAGGUGGAGCGCAUUAACGCGCAUAUCCGGGCUCUGGUGGGCAUGGGGAAGGGGGAGAGGGAGGGGGAGGGAGCGGGGGCGGAGAUGGAAUGA